AUGGAGAUUGACCGUGCGACAGUGAUGAGCAGCGUGCAACCAACGCUGAGGAUGCAGAGGAACAUCAUCCGUUCACUGAGCGACGAACUUGAUAAAAUCAUGUUGGAGCUUAAGCUGACAAAUAGCACUUCAAACGUUCUGGAAAAUGCUAGAACAAGAGAAAAAUUGAUCACGUUGCUCAAAGAACACGAAAAAUAUUCUGCGGAGGUGCGAGAUCAUCGUAGCACUAUCAGAGAACUCGACUUCCUCCUGAAGCAAGUUCAAAAAGAAAUUAAGUCUUUAAAAUCGAGUGGCACAGGACUUGAAAAGUACUACGCGGACGCAACAAAUCAGAGCAUGGUAGUUCAGCUGGAGAACCGCCUCGAUACGGCCAUGAAGAAGUUCAACACGGUCAACAGCGAAAACUAUAAGAUGAGACUUGAGAUCGACUGUUUACUGCGCGACCGGCAAUUCUUUAACAUGACCUGGAGGAACCAGAUAAAGCGACUGAUGGAAGGUAAGGCGCAAAUACUAGAGCUGGUGGAACAGGCCAUAGGCACCUACGAGCAGCGCGAGGAAUGGUGUGCCAAGCUCGACGCGCUCAGGGAAAAAGCAGCCAUAGAUUAUAGGAAACAUUGUCUCGAAGUUAGAGAGCUUCAAAGGCAGUUAGACCAUAGCAUGAAGUUGGAGGAGUUUCUCCGCACCAAAGGUACCGUGCGGCUCACAGCUGCCGACGCCAAGGCAGAAGCGAAGCGGCUAGAACAGCAGGAACAGGAUAUACGAGCUUACAACAACUACGUCAAUGUACUAGACGCUAUUAAGGAGUACACGGGCGAGCAGGAUGUGGAACGGCUGACCCAAGAGUUCAUUCGACGCGAGGAGGAAAACUACGCACUGUUUAAUUACGUCAACGAGCUACAUGCUGAGUUGAAAAGUCUUGCAGACAACGUCGCGAUACUCAGGGCAGCUAUAGAUGACGAACACGCCAAGCACCAGGCCAAGUUGUACAAGCAGCAGGACAAUAUCGAAACUCUGCGUAGUACUCUGGAACAGCGUCGGAAGGAAAGCGAUACUGUUGAAGCCGCGUGCCGUAGAAGCGAAGAAACACUGACCACUCUGCUGCGAGGUGUAAAGACUUUGGCCCAAUCCUCAGACUGUGAUUCGCUGCCGCUGCUGAAAUUGCUAGGCAAAUCCCUUGAUAUAAAUGUGACCAACGCGCGACUUUACAUAAAGAGCCUGGAGAAGAAAAUCGUGGAGAUAGUGGACCUCAUUAAGGUGGACGAAGCAGUGCAGCGGUACGCGGACGCGAAGGCGCGCACGCCGCCGCCGGGCAGGAGAGCUCGCCGCGCCCCGCCCUCCCCGCGCCCACCCCGCUCGCUCCUCGCACACGCCUGA